AUGUCUGACGCUAAAGCCGAAACCCACGAGUUCACUGCUGAGAUCUCUCAGUUGAUGUCCUUGAUUAUCAACACCGUUUACUCCAACAAGGAAAUUUUCUUGAGAGAAUUGAUCUCCAACGCUUCCGAUGCUAUUGACAAGAUCAGAUACGAAGCUUUGUCUGACCCAUCCAAGUUGGAAACCGAGCCAGAAUUGUUCAUCAGAAUCACCCCAAAGCCUGAAGAAAAGGUUUUGGAAAUCAGAGAUUCCGGUAUUGGUAUGACCAAGGCUGACUUGGUCAAGAACUUGGGUACCAUUGCCAAGUCUGGUACCAAGAGUUUCAUGGAAGCUUUGUCCGCUGGUGCCGAUGUCUCCAUGAUUGGUCAAUUCGGUGUCGGUUUCUACUCCUUGUUCUUGGUCGCUGACCACGUUCAAGUCAUCUCCAAGCACAACGACGACGAACAAUACAUCUGGGAAUCCAACGCCGGUGGUAAGUUCACUGUUACCUUGGACGAAACCAACGAAAGAUUGGGCCGUGGUACCGUCUUGAGAUUGUUCUUGAAGGAAGAUCAAUUGGAAUACUUGGAAGAAAAGAGAAUCAAGGAAGUCGUCAAGAAGCACUCCGAAUUCGUCUCUUACCCAAUCCAAUUGGUUGUCACCAAGGACGUCGAGAAGGAAGUCCCAGCUGAAGAUGAAGAAGAAGAAGCCAAGGAAGGUGACGACAAGAAGGCUAAGUUGGAAGAAGUUGAAGAUGAAGAUUCCGAAAAGCCAAAGACCAAGAAGAUCACUGAAAAGGUCACUGAAAACGAAGAAUUGAACAAGACUAAGCCAUUGUGGACCAGAAACCCAUCUGACGUCACUCAAGAAGAAUACAAUGCUUUCUACAAGUCUAUCUCUAACGACUGGGAAGACCCAUUGGCUGUUAAGCACUUCUCUGUUGAAGGUCAAUUAGAAUUCAGAGCUAUCUUGUUCGUUCCAAAGAGAGCUCCAUUCGAUGCUUUCGAAUCUAAGAAGAAGAAGAACAACAUCAAGUUGUACGUCCGUCGUGUCUUCAUUACUGACGAAGCUGAUGAAUUGAUCCCAGAAUGGUUAGGUUUCGUUAAGGGUGUUGUCGACUCUGUUGACUUGCCAUUGAACUUGUCCAGAGAAAUGUUGCAACAAAACAAGAUCUUGAAGGUCAUUAAGAAGAACAUCGUCAAGAAGUUGAUCGAAACCUUCAACGAAAUUGCUGAAGACCAAGAACAAUUCGAAAAGUUCUACACUGCUUUCUCCAAGAACAUCAAGUUGGGUGUUCACGAAGAUCAACAAAACAGAAACGCUUUGUCUAAGUUGUUGAGAUACUACUCUACCAAGUCUACUGAAGAGUACACUUCUUUGUCUGACUACGUCACCCGUAUGCCAGAACACCAAAAGAACAUCUACUACAUCACUGGUGAAUCCAUCAAGGCUGUUGAAAAGUCUCCAUUCUUGGAUGCUUUGAAGGCCAAGAAGUUCGAAGUUUUGUUCUUGGUUGACCCAAUUGAUGAAUACGCCAUGACUCAAUUGAAGGAAUUCGAAGACAAGAAGUUGGUUGACAUCACCAAGGACUUCGACUUGGAAGAAACCGAAGAAGAAAAGGCUGAAAGAGAAAAGGAAAUCGCCGAAUUCGAACCAUUGACCAAGGCCUUGAAGGAAGUCUUGGGUGAACAAGUCGAAAAGGUUGUUGUUUCCCACAAGUUGGUUGACGCUCCAGCUGCCAUCAGAACUGGUCAAUUCGGCUGGUCCGCUAACAUGGAAAGAAUCAUGAAGGCUCAAGCUUUGAGAGACACCACCAUGUCCUCCUACAUGUCUUCCAAGAAGACCUUCGAAAUCUCUCCAAAGAGUCCUAUCAUCAAGGAAUUGAAGAAGAAGGUUGAAGCCGAUGGUGCUGAAGACAAGACCGUCAAGGACUUGACCACCUUAUUAUACGAAACCGCUUUGUUAACUUCUGGUUUCUCCUUGGACGAGCCAUCUUCCUUCGCCGGUAGAAUCAACAGAUUGAUCUCCUUGGGUUUGAACAUUGACGAAGAAGAAGAAGUUGAAGCUGAAAUCGGUACCACCACCUCCUCCACUGAACCAGCUGUUGAAUCCGCCAUGGAAGAAGUUGAUUAA